AUGGCAUCGCCCAUAGAAAUGAUCCAGAAAGCAUCGGCUCCAGAUGAGUAUAUCUGGGAAUAUCAGGCGUGUGCUGAUCCAUGGGAUACAACACAAAUAGCUGAGUGGACACCUUAUCCUGAUGAUACAUCAUCAGCCAUCGAAAAAGCUUACAAACGCGGCGCUGAAGAGACAUUUAUUAAUGAAAUUUAUCGUAUCGAUUUGAAACACUUUGUACAACAGCAUAUUGAUGACCGGAGCCGACAACGACCCAUUCGACGACAACAUCGUUUUCCUUCGCAUAUUUCCAGUGACGUAGAGACCAGAAACGAAUGUCGACGUCGUGAACGAUUAUCUUUUCCUUUGGGAUUGGUUUCAUCUCGUAAUACAAGUGUAGAUACAAAUUUUCAUGGUUCAUCAUUUAUUACCGAUUGGCUAUUGGAAUUCACCAAGGGAAAACUGAAAGUUACAUUCGAUUCUAUCUUUCCUGUCCUUGUACAAGUUAAUACUGCAUUACGCGACGAUGAUCGAACUAAACUGGACACUCUUGGACCUUACUGUUAUCUCGUUUACAAUAGUAUUGGUCGACGUCUUAAAGAUUAUCUUUCCAUUCGUCAUCGUCUUCGACAAGCUGUUCAUCCAACAGAAUCUCAGUCGAUGAUAGUCUAUCGCGGCGAUCAUAUAUCUCGUGAAAUUAUAGAAGAAUAUCGACAGGCAGCUGGAAACAAUAACCAAUAUUUUAAAUGGCUUUCAUUCGUUUCGACUUCACUCAGUCGAGACGUUGCCGAAAGCUUCGGAUGCAAUGUUUUGUAUAUUAUUGAAUUACAACGUCAUUUGACUAACGAUCAAUUUACAAAUUUACGGAGAAACAGUUUCAUUGAGGACGAAGAAGAGAUUGUAUUACGACCAGGAAUGAGAUUUCGAGUGGACAAAGUGGAAUUUGAUGAUUUGACUGGACGACAAUUAGUUUAUAUUAAAAUUGUCCCAUCAUACGUAUUCAAUUUAAGAUGA